GGUCGGCUGACCCGGUGACGCGGCGGCCUCCUCUCUCCGACAUUAGUGAGCGCAGCGCUGAUCUCGGUCUCUACGAACGGCCACCGGCAGCGGAGCAGCAGAGGCGCCAUUUUGAGACUUCUUUCACAUUUGCCACCAGGAUGUACCCUACCACGCUAACGCAGCUGGCCCGGGCGAACCCCUUCAGCGCUCCUCUCUUCACCCUGCAGAAAGUAGAGGAGCCCUCACACACAGCCGGUGCUCAAGGACACCGCCGCAGACUCGCAGCCGCCUCUGUGGCCGACUCAGGUGAUAGCUGUGAGUUUGGUUCUGGGAAAUACUAUGCCCUCUGUGGCUUUGGGGGCAUCCUGAGCUGCGGUAUCACACACACAGCUGUAGUGCCCCUGGACUUGGUCAAGUGUCGGCUCCAGGUUGACCCAGCUAAGUACAAGAGCAUCUUUACUGGAUUCUCAGUCACAAUCAGGGAGGAUGGUGUGCGGGGUCUCGCUAAAGGUUGGGCACCCACCUUCAUCGGCUACUCCAUGCAGGGUCUCUGCAAGUUUGGCUUCUAUGAGGUGUUCAAGAUACUGUACAGUGACCUGCUUGGAGAGGAAAAUGCCUACUUGUGGAGAACCUCUCUAUACCUGGCAGCAUCUGCAAGUGCUGAGUUCUUUGCUGAUAUAGCUCUGGCCCCUAUGGAGGCGUGUAAAGUGCGCAUCCAGACCCAGCCUGGUUAUGCCAACACCCUGAGGGAGUGUGCCCCAAAGAUGUAUGCUGAGGAGGGUCUCUGGGCGUUCUACAAGGGUGUGGUUCCUCUGUGGAUGAGGCAAAUCCCCUACACUAUGAUGAAAUUUGCCUGUUUCGAGCGCACAGUUGAAAUGCUAUACAAGUUUGUGGUGCCCAAACCCCGCAGCGAGUGCAGCAAAUCUGAGCAGCUGUUGGUUACUUUUGUGGCUGGUUAUAUUGCUGGUGUGUUCUGUGCCAUUGUAUCCCACCCUGCUGACUCUGUGGUGUCUGUGCUGAACAAAGAGAAGGGAAGCACAGCUGUUGAAGUACUGAAGAGGCUCGGACCCAUGGGUGUGUGGAAGGGUCUGUUUGCCCGUAUCAUCAUGAUUGGUACGCUGACUGCCCUGCAGUGGUUCAUCUAUGACUCUGUCAAGGUCUACUUCCGCCUUCCCCGUCCCCCUCCCCCUGAGAUGCCAGAGUCUCUGAAGAAGAAGCUGGGUCUCACCGAGUAGAGAGCGGCUUUUCCCUCCCAUCCCUUAGUGUCCAUCUUCCCUCCUGUUUUUUAUAUUUAAACACUCAACGGCUGCCCUGUUCCCUCCCAGGCUGCUGCUAGUCUCUUCCAUCUGCGUGUUGAGGGAGAAACUUCCAGAGGAAGAUUUCAUUUAAACUAUGACGUGAAUGAAUGCCAUCUGGUUUUAAAGUAUGUUUGUCAAUAGUAUGAUUAAAAGAGUAUCUGGAAAUAA